AAUUGAAGUGAUCCAUUCAUCUAUCCGAAAUAAAUGGGUUCUCAAUCCACAAACACUUUCUCCCCUUUAGACCCAAAUGGUUUCACCAAUGAUUCCAAAAUGGUGAUCGAUUUCAUUGCUGAUUAUUACAAGAAUAUUGAAAACAACCCGGUUCAAAGCCAAGUGAAACCAGGGUACUUAUUGACCCAAUUGCCAGACACUGCCCCAUAUUGCGAGGAAUCCUUAGAAGAUGUUCUCAAAGAUGUAACUGAUAGCAUUAUACCAGGCCUCACUCAUUGGCAAAGCCCUAACUUCUUUGCUUACUUCCAAGCAAAUGCAAGCACUGCAGGGUUUGUUGGUGAGAUGCUCUGCACAGGCCUUAAUGUUGUUGGCUUCAACUGGAUUGCAUCUCCUGCUGCUACCGAACUGGAAUCCAUUGUAAUGGAUUGGAUGGGAAAGAUGCUCAAGCUCCCAUCUACUUUUUUGUUCUCAGGAAACGGAGGUGGUGUCUGUUUAUUUUUUCAUAACGUGGUUCUUUUGACAACCACAUGA